AUGCCCGAAGCCAUUUUUGAAGAUCUCUCAUUGGAUUUCAUUACUGGCUUACCUCAAUCUAAUGGUUUUUCUGUGGUAUUAGUGGUGGUGGACCAUUUAUCAAAAUAUGCUUAUUUCAUUGGAUUGAGUCAUUGCUACACAGCUGCCACAGUAGCUAAAAUAUUUUGUGAGCACAUAGUGAAACUUCAUGGCUUUCCUCGUUCUUUGGUUUCUGAUAGAGACCCAAUCUUCAUGAGCAAGUUUUGGCAAAAGUUAUUUUCCUUGAGUGGUACUAAGCUUAAAACCAGCUCCAGCUAUCAUCCACACACGGAUGGACAAACGGAGGUGACCAACCGUUACUUGGAACAAUACUUAAGAGCUUUUUGUGCUGAGCAACAUAAGAAAUGGUCUUCAUUCUUAUGUUGGGUUGAACUCCAUUACAAUUCAUCAGUUCACUCUUCCAUUGGCAUGUCUCCAUUUCAAGCUGUAUAUGGGAGGGUCCCUCCUUCAAUACCUCACUACCCUCGUGGAUUAGUUCCAAUUGAAGCCUUAGACACACUCCUCUGUCAAAGGAAUGACAUUCUAUCCAGUCUUAAAGCAAAUUUGUUGAGGACUCAGAAUAGGAUGAAGAAUCAAGCAGACAGGCAUUGUAGGGACUUACUCCUUGCAGAAGAUGAUUUGCCAUUUUGGGGAACACCAGGAGUACACUUCUCUCCUCUGCCACCUCACACGUUUGACAAUAAACCAGUUCAGAAACCUCUUGCAAUAUUGGCAUCUCGUUCUUCUUUAAUUCGUGGCAUGCCUCAGAUGCAAUACUUAGUUCAAUGGACUGACACUAUUCCUGAAGAUGCAACCUGGGAAUUAGGUACUGAUUUACAAGCUGCAUACCCAGCAUUAGACCUUGAGGACAAGAACAAAUCAUUCAAGAAAUGCUUGGAGAUGGCAGAAAUCAAAAGGGAAAACGAUGGUCAAAUGCUUGGAGAUGGCUUCGACGAAGAGAAUGACGGAGAACGAUUGCUUGAUGGCUUGAGUGGGUUGGGCGCGACGAUGGGAGUGAAAAGUAG